AUGACUCCCCUGAACAAUGCUCCCGGCAUCAUGGAAGUUGCCGAGCAGCGGGACAAAUGGAGCUACAAGGUCGAGUUCAUUUUCUCGUGCGUCGCUCUUUCCCUUGGUCUGGGAAACAUCUGGAGGUUCCCGUACCUCACCUACCAGAAUGGUGGAGCUGCGUUCCUUGUCCCGUACCUACUCCUGCUCACGGUGCUCGGACGUCCGAUGUACUUCCUGGAACUCAUUUUGGGACAGUUCUGCAGCUCCUCCACCAUCAAGUCCUUCGCCUGCCUGCCGCUCGCUCAGUGUAAGGAUAAGACGACAAAUAGGGUCGGGCUGUUCAAUCGUCGACAUUUGCCUGAGCCAUGUAACGAAUACGUCGAGCACCGGUUGGCACCACCGAAAAAAAAAAAAAAAAAAAGCUCUGGGUUAUGUGCAGGUGUGCCCAUGGUCAUGAUGUACGCCGUGUUCCUCACUAGCAUCUACUACAACGUGAUUUCGUGCUACGCGCUCACCUACGUGUACUACUCUUUGUGGCAAGUGCUUCCCUGGACGCAGUGCAACCCAGAAUGGACCAACAAGUACUGUUUCGUUCAAGGAUCGAAAUUCGUAAUUCAGGUGUCAUGCAAGGAAGCCAACGAAUCUCUCCUAAUACUUUUCCGGCGCAUAAACUCGACCGAGAAAGACGCCGUGGCCAUCAGAAACGGUUCCACGGUCUACAUGGUGCCUCGAGACGAGUUCGAGUCGAGGUACAACGGAUGCAAGGACGCCAACGAGACCUCCACGGAGCAGUUCUUUUACAAGCGAUUUCUGGGCAUUACGUCAGGAAUCGAUGAACCGGGUGGUGUCCAGGCCGACAUAUUCCUCGCCCUCCUCGUGGCCUGGAUCAUUGUCUUCCUUGCCGUCUCCAGAGGAAUCCGGUCCUCCGGAAAGGUGGCCUUCGUGACUGUUCUUGUGCCUUUCGUCAUGAUGGUGGCCUUGCUCAUUCGGGGCGCGACUCUCACCGGAGUCAGCUUUGGUACCGCCUACUACCUGCUCCCCAAAUGGCGGAGGCUUCUCGAGUACAAGGUUAAAAGAGGGGCACUGUUGCAGUUCACGCUCUUUCUACAUCUUCGUAUACUUAUAUUGAUAACAAGGAUCUAUAGUUUCACUAAUGCUCGUCUGGUUGUGCAGUACCGUGGCAUGAGAGUGUGGCAGAAAGCCGCCGAGCAAGUCUUGAUUUCUUUGGGAGUGGCUCAAGGCAUGGUAACCACGAUGGGAAGCUACAACGAAUUCUCUAACAACGCUAACAUAGACGUUUACGUAAUCGCGGUCAUCGACGUCGUCGUCAGCCUCGUGGGCGGUUUCGUGGUGUUCACGGUGUUGGGCAGCAUGGCGUUCAGACUACGGGUGUCCAUGAUGGACGUCCUGAGAAUAGGCGACAUUCACGCUGACGGCUUGUACACCACAGGGCUCGGGUUGGUAUUCGUGGCUUACCCGCAGGCCAUUUCGACCGUUUCCCAGCCCAAACUUUGGGCAGCCACUUUCUUCGCCAUGCUCUUCCUCCUCACUCUGGGAUCACAAAUGGCGUUCGUGGAGAGCCUCUUGUCUGCACUGAAGGACCAGUUCGAGAACUUGCACCAGCGUCGCACCACCCUCGCCGCUGUCGCUUGCUGCGUCGGCUUCCUGCUCGGCUUGCCGCACACUAUGCAGGGAGGGUUCUACAUACUCAACGCCAUCGACACCGAAGUAGGCGUGAACUUGCUUCGAUGGAUCGCACUCUUCGAGAUUGUCUACAUGAUUAUUGGCUACGGUAUAAAUAGGCUGAGCCUGGACGCCGAGUUUAUGAUGGGCUGGCCAAUGGGAUUACCGAUAGAAAUUUGCUGGAAGUUUUUCUGCCCAAUCCUGCUACUGUUCCUCUGCAUCAGCAGCAUUUUCGAGACGAGACCGUUGACCCUGGGUGCCUACGUCUAUCCUCCGUGGGUUCAGCUCAUCGGCAAGGUGCUUUUCGUGACGCCUGUCUUGGUCAUGGCUGGCGGUGGCGUCGCACACCUUGUCAAGUGCCAGGGGAGAUGGUCCGAGGCCGUGCUGCCCCGACCCGAGUGGGGCCCCAAGGAAGCGAGCACGCUGUUGCGCUACCAGCUGUUCCUUUUCGAUCGAGCCCUGUUGCCUCCGGGCAAGGCGUGGGCCGACCAGGAGCCCCUGAAGAAGGCCGCGCUCGCUCUGGGCUGGCAGCAGCACGCGGAGGCCGAGAAGGACGCCAUGGCGGCGCCCUCGACAGCCUCUGCUGGCGCCGUCGAAGCAGCCCAGAAAGAGCAAAUGCUGGAGCCGUCUACAGCCGCUGUUGCUAUUGCCGGGAACAGUGGAACUGCCGCCGGCGCCGCAAAGGAAGUUGUGUGAAUCGAAGUGACGAAAAAAAAAAAAAGGCAUGUGCAUAUAUUCAAGAUGUUCCUAUCUAAAGUCGUGUCUUCCUUGCA